UUUGUUAAUACUGAAAAAUAAGAAAAACCCUCAACCUCUUAUCCUCUCUUAGUAAUUAUCUCAAACACUUUGUCGACAUUACCCCACCAACACGAACACCUCUCCAACACCACCAACAAUGGCGUCGGCCUCACCCGACCCCUCGUACCCGCCCCUCUUCCGCGGGCCCAAUAACCACCGCGUCACGCCGCCGACGCCGCGGCGAGGCCCAACAACGGCCCACGAGCCCAGCUCCGAGCUCCCCGUGUUGGACCUCGAAAACCUGGGCCCGGCCCAGCUCGCGGGGGCCUGCGCCGAGUGGGGCCUCUUCCGCGCCGCCAACCACGGCGUCCCCGCCGCGCUCGCCGCCGAGCUCCGCCGCGCCGCCGCGGCCCUCCUCGCCCUCCCCUUCGAGGCCAAGGACGCCGCCGCCCCCGCGUACUUUUGGGGCUCCCCCGCGGGGCCGAUUCGGGUUAAGAAUCUCAACUGGGUCGAGGGUUUCCACGUCUCGCUCGCUCGUUGUGGCGACGCGGCGAUCAGCGGCCGCGAGUUUUCACUCUUUAGGGACCUUGUGAACCAAUACUGCAAGCACAUGGCGAGAAUCGCGAGAACGAUCUUCGACGCGAUGGCGAUCGAUCUCAAGCUAACCGGCGAUCAAUCGUCGUCCUACCUCUCCGAACACGACGGCACGUUCCGAGUGUACCGUUACCCGCGGCGCCCCGAAAACUGCGACAAUUUGGGAAUGGAGGCUCAUACAGAUAGCUCAGUGUUGUCCAUCCUGAACGAAGACGACGUCGGCGGCCUCCAAAUCCUUCACCGAGGCGAGUGGCUCGACGUAAAGCCGAUCGCAGAUACGCUUAUAGUCAACCUCGGCGACAUGAUGCAGGCCAUUAGCAGUGACAGGUACAAAAGUGUGGAACAUAGAGUGGUGGCGAGUCCGUUUACGGAGAGGAAAUCGCUAUGCUACUUUGCUUUUCCAGUAGAAGAUAGUGUGAUCAUAAGCUCAAAGUACAAGCCAUUUACUUACAGGGAGUUCAAAGCUCAAGUAGAGGAGGAUAUCAAGGCCACAGGAGCUAAGGUUGGGCUCAGUCGAUUCAGAUUAAGUGCUUCAAACUAAGCCUUUCUCUCUUUUUUUAAAAUUUUUUUUUUCUGUGUAUUCUGUUUUCUUUUCUCUCUUAAUGUGUUUGAGUUAAUGAAGUCUCUGCAAGUAUGUAUAUCUUUAAACGCACUGUUACGGACGAUAACGGCGUUAUAGAUGUCUGAUUAGUUCGGCUUCUAAAAUAACUUCUCUAUUAUGAGAAGUAGCCUCUUGUUAAACAAGCAAAAAUAUGAGGCUUCUGGAGAGGAAACAGGGAGAAAAUCAGAGUUGUAAAUGCUGCAGAUCUUUUUA